GUGAUGCCAACUCGGGAAAAAUAUGUAGACCUUGCCCAGCACUUUCAACACUGCAAUGAAUAUGGCGUCAGAGGGCGAAAACGUUGUGAUGGAAGGUCCAGGUCGCCGCACACGUUCCGGCCGAAAAGCCGCAUCCCCGGCUGCAUCACUACCAACAAGGAGUACCCGGCGCACAUCCAAGCGGAACGCACAGCUAAGUGACCACGAAGAGGAGCACGAGGAGCACAUAACUAUGGUCCAGGAGGAGGAGGAGCCCUUUGCUGGGACGGCCACUGAGGAGACUCCCGCCUUGGAGCCGCAGUUCGAGGAAACGCAACACCAGCUUGACGAUGACGUGGAGAUGCUCACACCUGCCGAAGGGGGCGGCGUCGAUGAGAAAAGCUCUUCCUUUCCUUUCGGCACGGUUGCUGAGCAGCAUUCCGAGACCAGUGACGACAUUAAGGAGAGUCGCGGCGUAGACACGCUGCUUGCAUCGAUGGCCGGUGACAAUGCCAACAGCCUGCCCUCCGUGGGCGGAAACGAUGAAAGUGACAACGCCAAAAAGGCGGACUUUGAGUACAAUGUAGAGACGCUGCAGCCGCAGGCAGAUAAAUUGAAUUCGUCCGAAGACUCUAGUUCACACCAUGCCAUAGCUGAGGAGCUGGGAGAUGAAGCGGACACCAGCAACGCCACCAUAGUCAACACUGAGAUAAUAUCUGAGGACGAACUGCCUCCGCCUAGCAAGCCGGAGAUAAAUGAUGCCGAGGAGGUGUCCGACGAGGAGCUCCCUGCUCCACAGCGAGCUGAGUUACCGGCGGAUGCCGAGGUAAUUUCCGAGGACGAGUUGCCCACAAACAACAAUAACAACACAGCAAGCGAGCCCAAGGCUCCUGUAAAGCGCAAAGCUGAAAAAGAAUCCGAUAAGAGCCCAGAAGAUCAGAAAAUAAACAAUCGUGAAACGAGCACAAAGGAAAAAUCUGGGGAGCAAUACAAUCCGGGAAGUCCCACGUCAGAAAGCAACGAUGCACAGCCCUCGGAGAAACGGGUCAAGGUUGAAGAACCUGAAGCCAGCGACAAGAAAAAGGAAAAAGAGCGGGAUAAGGAGAAGGACAAAGAGAAGGAUAAGGACAAGGAGAAGGAGAAAGAUAAGGACAAAGAAAAAGAGCGCAAAAAACUGCCAGACCUGGAUAAAUACUGGAGGGCUGUGAAAGAGGACUCCACCGACUUUACCGGCUGGACAUACUUACUGCAAUAUGUGGACAGUGAGUCUGAUGCUGAGGCAGCGCGCGAAGCCUACGACACAUUCCUGUCCCACUAUCCGUACUGCUAUGGCUACUGGCGCAAGUACGCCGACUAUGAGAAGCGCAAGGGCAUCAAGGCGAACUGCUACAAGGUGUUUGAGCGCGGCCUGGAGGCGAUUCCAUUGUCGGUGGACCUGUGGAUCCACUACCUGAUGCACGUUAAGUCGCACCACGGCGAGGAUGAGCAGUUCAUCCGCGCUCAGUACGAACGGGCUGUGAAGGCGUGUGGCCUGGAAUUCCGCUCGGACAAGCUCUGGGACGCCUACAUCCGCUGGGAGAACGAGUCGAAGCGCUACCACCGCGUGGUCCAGAUUUACGAUAGACUUCUGGCCAUUCCCACGCAGGGCUACAAUGGCCACUUCGACAAUUUCCAGGAUGUGAUCAAUCAGCACACAAUAACCAGCACAAUUGGUAGCGAAGAGCUCGUUCGCCUUCGCAAAGACUUCCACGACCGCCAGCAGAGCAAGUCCUCCAAGUCCUCGUCCAAGCACAGACGCGACAGCAGCAGCAGCUCCAAGGAGAAGGAGAAAGACAAGGACAAGGACCCAAAGGACAAGGAAGACAAAAAGCGAGACUCUGGCAGCGGUGCGGCUGGUAAGUCGCCAAAAGAUACUAGUGAACCUCAUGUCGAUGAAUCAGAUAGUACUACCACCGAUCUGACCGAAAGCGAGUCGUCGCCCGCAGCUCCAAAGGCGGCAGUCCAGAUCGAUUUCAGCGAUCUUAGCACGCUGACCGACGAGGAGGUGACCAGCCUAAAGGACAGAGCGAUCUCGGCGCGCCGCAAAAUCCACAAGGUGACCGUUAGCGCGGUGACGGCGCGGUGGUCCUUUGAGGAAGGCAUCAAGCGACCGUACUUCCACGUGAAGCCCCUCGAACGGGCUCAGCUUAAGAACUGGAAGGACUACUUGGACUUCGAGAUCGAGAAGGGCGAUCGGGAGCGCGUUCUGGUUCUCUUCGAAAGAUGCCUGAUCGCCUGCGCCUUGUACGACGAGUUCUGGCUCAAGAUGCUUCGCUAUUUGGAACCCUUGCAGGAAGAGAGCGGUGUUAUUGAUCUGAUACGUGAUGUGUACCGUCGCGCCUGUCGCAUCCACCACCCGGACAAGCCCAGUCUGCACUUAAUGUGGGCCGCCUUCGAGGAGUGUCAGAUGAAUUUCGAUUCCGCUGCCGAGAUCCUGCAGCGCAUCGAGCAGCGCUGUCCCAAUAUCCUGCAGCUUGCCUACCGCCGCAUCAACGUGGAGCGACGCCGCGGAGCGCUGGACAAGUGCCGCGAGCUGUACAAGCACUACAUAGAGAGUACAAAGAAUAAGGCCAUCGCCGGCAGCCUGGCCAUCAAGUACGCCCGCUUCCUCAACAAAAUCUGCAAUGAUCUCGACGCGGGGGUGGCCGCCCUGCAGCAGGCGCUCGAACGCGAUCCGGCCAACACCCGCGUGGCUCUGCAAAUGAUCGACCUGUGCCUGCAGCGCCCGAAGGUGGACGAGCAGGAGGUUGUCCUGAUCAUGGACAAAUUCAUGGCCCGGGCAGACAUUGAGCCCGAUCAGAAGGUGCUGUUCGCCCAAAGAAAGGUGGAGUUCCUGGAGGACUUCGGCAGCACGGCCCGCGGUCUGCAGGAUGCCCAGCGUGCCCUCCAGCAGGCUCUCAGCAAAGCCAACGAGGCGCAGAAGAAGGGCGACAGCAGUCCUAGUCGCAAGAAUUCUACAGCAGGCAGCAAGGAGGGUUCGGCACCCUCCGGAGCCUCGUCUUCGGUGGCGGCAUACAACAAUGGAGGCUCGGCCGCCGCAGCAACUGGCUACAGCUAUGGAGCGGCCAAUGCCUCCACAUACUAUGGCCAGCCGAACGCCAGUGGAGGUCCCUAUCCGCCGCAACCGCCCCAACAGCAAGCGUCCUACGACUCCUACUACAACCAGUGGGGCUACGGAGCCAGCGGCAGCAGUAGUGGCGGCUACAACUAUGGGCAGUGGAGCGGCUAUGGCAACUACUACUGAGACCGACUCGUCUAGAUUUAAAGCACUCCCUUGUAGUUCUAAGAACCCGACUCGCUAAGUUCCGCCUUGCUGUUCUGUUAAGUUAUAGAUGUGUACACUUAAUUUUUUAUCGAGUCCGAAUAGUACAUACGGAUAUGUAGAAUCUUUGUUUGCGCCCACACAACAGCUUGCAAUGCGUGAAAUAAAGAUAUCAGCUUAAUCGGUUCACCAUAA